AUGGACCGACUUCGCCUCUGGAUGGACAAUGUGCGCAGUUUCCUUGGCAGCUCCUAUUUUGAUGGUCACCACAAGAAGAAAGUCCAUAUUGUCCAGCUUUUACUAGUUGUGCUCAUGAUUAUCCUCUCGGGCACACGCGUAGCCGUCAAGCCAAAAGGCAUUCCCACGACGAGGGCAGACACCAUUGGGAUCGUUAUGGGCAUCAAAACCUUUGUUGUUAUCACGUACCAACUCGUGACCACCCAUGUACAACGAUACAAGAAAUGGGCGAGCCUCAAGGCGUACUCUGUCUUGAAUUUCAUGGAAAUCCUCUUUUGGUUUGUGGUGAUCAUCGUCACAUUUAUGGGCAUAUCCACUUUCUGCCAAGGGGCCAGCUGUGGAUUGAGCUGGAUUAUAGUAUUGCUGGCUGUAGCUCUCAUUUGCAUUGAGACGGGCCUGGAAUGCGUUGCGAGUACGCGGGCACAGUAUACUCGGCGACGUUAUCCGGCUGUGCCAGACAGUGCCACCACACAGUCCAUAUCAUCACCGGCUGCUGUUCAUCGCAAUGUCACUGGUGCAUCUGGACCAGUCCCCAGCUUCGGGCAGUAUGUAAGAGUCGCCCUAGAGAUUGUGAUCAUCUAUCUAAUGGUGAUGACUGCCCAUAGAAAUUUGUGGCAGGGGCUCUCUGAUGAGGUACGCGACUCUCGUCUUGGCGUCUACAGCGCGACACUGACGGCUUUGGAGGGCCCUAGUUCAGACGCGAGUGCUCUGCUUCUAAGCUCGGCUCCAAGGGACAGUGGUUAUCAGGACCUUUAUCCUUCGGCAGCACAUGCCUCGAUUCUGUGGCAAUCGUUUCUCCAGAAUGUCAACCCGCUCUCCAAAGUGAUACAUGCUCCUACGAUGCAGUCGUAUAUCAUCGAAGCAGGCAGAGGCCCCGCUACCCUAGAUCGUCCAACAGUGGCCCUACUGUUUGCAAUCUAUACUGCAGCUGUCAUGUCCAUGAGCGAUGUUGAGUGUCAGAAUAACUUUGGAAAACCCCAGAAGACAUUACUUUCUAGUUAUCUAUUUGCCACUCAGCAGGCUCUACAAGUGGCUGAACUUAUGAGAACACCAAGCUUCAUGUUGCUGCAAGCUUUCACGCUCUACAUUAUUGCCGCACGUCAUUUGUGCAAUCCCCAGAACACAUGGCUCCUCUCAGGAACGGCAGUCAGAAUGGGCCAGUUACUCGGUCUACAUCAAAACCCUCCGCGGGGCGACCUGUCAAUCUUUGAAAUACAGAUGCAUAGAAGAUUAUGGUGGCAGAUCCUGCUGAUUGACGGCCGCGGCGCGCAGCUGGCGGGAUCGCAGAGCACCCAGCAGUUCUCCAACGCCGCCGACUUCUGGCUGCCGGGAAACUUCAACGACGCAGACCUCGGCCCGGACAUGCUCGAGGAGCCUGCCGUGCACAAUGGCCCUACCGAGGUGAUAUUCUGUCUUUUGCGAUACGAGCUGGGGCGGUUCCUGAGCACGGCCGCACCGAUACUCUACAGCCGCGAGAUGUCGCUUGAGGAGAAGGAUCGUCUGAUCAACGAGUACGAGGACCGAAUUGAGUCUAAAUACCUUCGGUACUGUGACAUGGCAUCGCCGCUUCACUUGGUGGCGUCUGGCGGAGCUCGGUCGGCCCUCUGCAAGAUGCGGCUCAUGGCACACCACCCAUCACAGUACGCCUGCGGCACGUCCAUACCCGAGUCGGAACAUGACAUGCUUUUCUUCAACAGUCUUAAAAUGGUCGAGUACGACGUUCUUGGAAAGUCAAUCAGAUCUCUAGACAGCUUCGGAUGGCACACGGAUGUUUUCUUUCAACUUGAUGCAUUUGUCUUCAUGUUGAUUGAGCUCCGCCGACAAAAGCUGGGGCCGGACGUGGAAAAGGCCUGGAGACUGAUUGACGACGUGUUUCGCCAUCAUCCGACGCUUUCCGGGGAAGGUUCAAGUGAACUGAGCCUGGAAGUCUCCAAACUGGUCUUGAAGGCCUGGAAAACGAGGGAAGCUAGUCUAGUAGAGACUGGAAUUGUGCCGGUGCAGAAACCUCCCAUCAUUACACAAUUGCGCUCUCGACUAAGAGCAGAUUCUGAGUACGACUUCAUUCUCGACAAGACUAGCGAGGCAGCUAAACAGCAGUUUACAAACGUUGACAUGGAUGCAUCGAUGAUGGUAGACUGGGACUUUUGGGACAAUUUUCUCCAAGGAGACGGGGUAUUGCAGAGUCAGGACUUCAUGAAUUCUACGUGA